GAGUCAUUGACCCAAUUUUUAUAUUUGCUUAAAAUACGGUACUCUCUUCUUUUAAAACUUGUUGUGUUUGUGUCCACAGAACCGCACGUAAAUUAUUUGGGCGUCCAUUUAUUUAAAUUUGGCUGAUAAAAAAAAAUCAAAUUUUUUAAAAUUUUUGUAUCAGUCAAGAUUAAGGAAAUAUUGGACAUAAGGUUGUGUAACCCUGAAAAUUUGAUUCUGCUACAUAUGAAAGUCAAAUCAAAUUUUUGCUGACAUCCCGGUUUCAAAGCAAUAUUCAAUACGUGACACAUGGACACCCUAUAUUAUUGACCAACAUAAGAACUUGUUUGAAAAGUUUACAACUCUUUCCCCAAAAAAGGAGUAUUUAAGUACCGAGAUUUUAAAGAGGAAUAUUCAGUUCCUGAUUUCGUGUGAUUCUUUUAAAUAGCUUGAUAAGAAAAAAGUGUUUAAAGUGAAAUGCUAUUAAAAUUUACAUUUGUGCUGAUUGUGCUUAAGAUAUUACAAAAUAAAGCUGAAGUUGUGGACGACGAUGAAAACGAUGCCCUAGAAAAGAUUGAUGAAUCGUCAUUCAUUGACUUUGGUCCUUUACUAUCAAAAAGCAGCGCAGGUCGUAUCCAACACGAAUGUAUAUUGAGAAGUACAGGAUCAGUAAACAAUAUAGUCAAUGGAAUGUAUCAAAAUUUAAUAAGCAACGAAUGUGCACUUUCCUCACCUUCAAUAUGGCCUGCAGAUUUUGGACCAGCCGUUUUUAAGCAAACACAACCUCUAGAUAAUUUCGAUUUCAUAAUUGUUGGUGCUGGCUCGGCAGGAUCAAUUUUAGCGAAUCGACUGAGUGAGAGAAGUGACUGGAAUGUCUUGCUUAUAGAAGCUGGCGGAGAUCCACCGAUGGAAAGUCAGAUUCCAUAUUUCUUUUCUACAACUUGGAACACAUCCGUUUCUUAUAGCUAUUUUGGCAUGAAAACAUCAAAGGCAAGCAAAGGCUACAAACAUGGACCUUAUUAUCCAACCGGGAAAAUCCUUGGUGGCACAAGUUCAGUUAAUGCAAUGCUUUACGUGCGUGGAACUCCCGAAGAUUUCAAUCAAUGGAACUUGACUGGUUGGACAUUUGAUGAUGUUCUUCCUUACUUCAAAAAGUCAGAGGGAAAUAAAGUUUUUUCUACGAGUAAAUACCAUAACAGUAAUGGUCCAUUGAGUAUCGAAAAUUACGGCUAUACUGAUGCAAUUGGUUCUGGUAUUUUUGAUGGAAUUAAAGAACUUGGAUAUAAGAAAUUAGACGAUUAUCAUCAAGAUGAACAUAUUGGAUUUAUUAAUGCACAAGGAACACUCAUUAAUUCAGAAAGAUGUGGAACUGCAAGAGCAUUUUUAUCAUCAAUCAGAGAUCGUCCAAAUUUAAAGGUUUUGAAGUAUGCUCGAGUAACUCGCCUGAUCAUCAACAAUUCAAGAGUUGUGGGAGUCAAAUUCUUAAUUAAAGGAAGAAGUAUGCAGGCAUUAGCACGGAAAGAAGUCAUUUUAUCAGCAGGUUCUUUUGAAAGUCCAAAAAUUUUGAUGAUUUCUGGAAUUGGAAGGAAAGAAGAUUUAGCGCCUUCUAAGAUUCAGCAAGUAGCUGAUUUGCCUGUUGGGUAUAAUCUUCAAGAUCAUCUGAUAACAUUUCAAUAUUUUAACUAUCUUAAAUCUUCAGCACCAACUGAUAAAAUUAGUAAAUAUCACAACUCAAUGAGUUCUUAUUUAUCACAAAGAUCUGGAAUUUACACAGGUAUUGGAUGUUCAAAUGUUCUAGGUUUCAUAAACACAAAUGACAAAAAGUCAAAAAUCCCAAAUAUUGAGUACAUCCACAUGUGUUUUCCCAAACAAAUGAUUGAUUUUAAAGAUUUUAUCCAAAAUCUUGGCUACAAUGAUCACGUAAUGAGUCAACUGAUCAAAGCAAAUGAAAUAGCACCUUUAUUCUUUGCAUUGUCAGUACUUCUUAUGCCUAAAUCCCGAGGAACAAUAAAACUUCGAAGCAGAAGCAUCUAUGAUAAUCCUAUAAUUAAUCUUAAUUUCUUUGACGAUGAUGACGACUUAGCAACGAUGGUAAAGAGUAUUAGAGAGUAUAGGAAAUUAUUGAAUACGACGAGCUUUAAAAAAUAUGAAAUAACAGAAACACGUGUGAGAUUUCCAGAGUGUGACGCAUUUCCAUUUGAUUCCGAUAAUUAUUGGAGAUGCUACUUAAAAUAUAUUUCAUCGGCAAUUUAUCAUCCCGUUGGUACGUGUAAAAUGGGAAAAGAGUCAGAUCCAACAACUGUUGUCACACCAAAUCUUAAAGUUAAAGGAAUUAGUGGACUUCGAGUCAUAGACGCAAGUAUAAUGCCGACCAAUAUUCGAGGUCAUACUAAUGCUCCAACAAUGAUGAUUGCAGAAAAAGGCGCUGACAUAAUAAAAAGCGAGUAUCCGAAAAAUUAACAUAAUUAAUGUAUUGUAGUUGAAAAGUUUAAAGAUUAAAAAAAAUGGAAUCAAAAAAUUGCCUUUUCCAAGUUCAUAAUCCAUUUAACGAAAAUUGUGUGAAUUUUGCAAGGAAGC